AUGCAAGCCUCGAUCAUUCUCACUUUGCUUGCCUCCCUUCGCUUGGCCACUGCAUUACCCGUGAACAGCCACGAUGUCAUCACUCGAGGUGCAAGAGCGCCAGCAUUGCAAGCCGCACCGCUAGUGGUCCGUGUGGACGAUGAUGCUAAGGACAGCGACGACAACUCGAUUGAAGAUACCAUAUUGAUGAGUUUGACCAGUAGAGGCGAGGACGACGAUGCAGAGCACGGCGAUGACUCAGCUACAACUAUGUCAUUGAUGAAUUUGACCAGCCGAGAGGAGAACGAUGAUGCAGAGGACGAUUCAGCUGCGCAUACGGAAGUUAUAAACUUGACUCAUUGA